AUGAGCUCCAACAGCACGGACCCUGGUCUCUUCCUGACUGCAAACACCUCACUAACAGCAGCCGGAGCCUACCCACAAUCCAAUGCUCUCCACCAAGGAGAAAGUGGAGGAGCCCCCUGGUUGGUUUUUCAUCUGAAUACCCUGGAUGAUAAUUCCUCUUCCACCAACAAACUCUUAAACCUCACCUCAGAAUCCCAAAAUGGGAAUGGAACUCUGGCCCUUGAUCCCUUGGGUGACCAUGCAAUGUGGCAGGUUGUCCUUAUUGUUUUGCUGACAGGCAUGUUGUCACUGGUUACCAUCAUCGGCAACAUCUUAGUGGUGGUGUCCUUCAAGGUUAAUCGCCAGCUAAAGACGGUCAAUAACUACUUCUUGCUGAGCUUGGCUGUCGCUGACCUCAUCAUAGGGGUCAUCUCCAUGAACCUAUACACAGCUUAUCUUGUGAUGGGCUACUGGGCCAUGGGUAACUGGGCCUGCGACAUGUGGCUAACUAUAGACUAUGUGGCCAGCAAUGCAUCAGUUAUGAACCUACUGGUCAUCAGCUUUGACCGCUACUUUUCAAUCACCAGGCCUUUGACCUACCGUGCCAAACGGACCACUAAGCGAGCUGGGAUCAUGAUCGGCCUCGCCUGGUUUGUUUCUCUCGUCCUGUGGGCCCCAGCCAUCCUAUUAUGGCAAUAUUUUGAGGGUAAAAGGACAGUGCCCUCGAAUCACUGCUACAUUCAGUUCCUCACAGAGCCCACUAUAACCUUCUGCACAGCCGUGGCGGCUUUCUACCUGCCUGUGACGAUAAUGAGUGUUCUCUACUGGCGCAUUUACAAGGAGACCCAGAAUCGUUCAAAGGAGUUAGCUGGGUUGCAGGGUUCGGGGAGUCGUGGUGGAAUAGGAGGAAGAGGUGGUAAUGGUAGAGGCGAGAAAUCACGUUUUGUCCAUCAGACAGGAAGUUCUAGAAGUUGCAGCAGCUAUGAACUGACCAGGUUGUCCCGGAGAAGAAGCACAUGUCGGGAACUGGUUGGCAGAUUCCACUGCUGGCCUGGGGUUCGUUCUUGGAGACCCGGUAGUACCCGACAGCCGGAGGGGGAUCCAGACCAGAGUAGCAGCGACAGCUGGAACAACAAUGAUAUUGCCGCCUCGUUAGACCACUCCGGGUCUUCUGAGGAUGAGGACUGUGGGGGCAAAGAGAUGAUUUCCCAGAGUCAUGCUAUUUUCUCUAUUGUUCUCAGCCUACCUGGCAUAAAGGCUGCUGUCAACUCCCAACUCACCUCAUGUGAGGAUCUGGAUGCAGCCUCAGAGGUGGACCCCCUCAGGGGAGAGGAGUAUAACCGAGACAGCCUCUCAACAGUUACCGCCAACACCACUGCCGAUGCUACUCCCGAUGAGGCAAACAGUUCAGAAAAUAGCUACCACCAACGCUUCUGCUCACGAAAGAUGCAGUCAAUGCCUACCAUCCAGGCUACGUCCAACCAAGGCUCAGAUGGUGCCCCAACAAUUCCUACCACAGCCGGCGAUAUUACCAUCACGAGCACCACCACCACUAAAUCCCCCUCUGUCCCAAUGUCCUUCAAAGAUGCAGCUCUUGCAAAGCGUUUUGCAUCCCGAGCCCGGACUCAGAUCACUAAGAGGAAGCGAAUGUCCUUAGUGAAGGAGAAGAAGGCCGCUCAAACUCUCAGUGCAAUCCUCUUUGCGUUCAUCAUCACAUGGACACCGUACAACAUCAUGGUGCUGAUCAAUACCUUCUGUAAAGUUUGCAUCCCGGAGACCCUGUGGGCGGUAGGGUACUGGCUGUGCUACGUCAACAGCACGGUCAACCCCAUGUGUUACGCCCUGUGCAACAAAACCUUCCGUACAACCUUUAAGAUGAUUCUGAUGUGCCGCUGGGAUCAGAAAAAAAGACGGAAGCAGCAGUUCCAGCAGAGGCAGUCUGUUGUAUUUCACAGGAGGAUUCCCAGGGAGUCCACGUAA